AUGGCGCAACCUAUCCAAUUAACGGCUCCUAACCAGGUCUCUUAUUCGCAACCUACUGGACUUUUCAUCAACAAUGAAUUCGUGCCCUCUAUCUCCGGCCAGACUCUCUCAGCUGUCAACCCUUACGAUGAAUCCGUGAUCACCAGCGUCGCAUCUGCUGGCCCAGAGGACAUCGACCUCGCUGUAGCCUCUGCCAAAAAUGCCUUCAAGUCUGAAGAAUGGCAAUCACUGGCCGGAUAUGACCGAGGCCUCCUACUGACCCGCCUCGCGGACCUCUGCGACCGCGACAAGCACAUUCUCGCUACAAUCGACGCAUGGGAUAACGGCAAGCCAUAUGAACAAGCCUUGGGUGAAGACCUUGCCGAAGUCAUCUCUGUCUUCCGUUAUUACGGUGGCUGGGCAGACAAAAUUCACGGGCAGACCAUCCCGACCAACGAGGACAAGUUGGCCUAUACUAGACAUGAGCCUAUUGGAGUGUGUGGGCAGAUUAUCCCUUGGAAUUAUCCCGUUAUGAUGGCGGCAUGGAAACUUGGACCUGCUCUCGCGUGCGGUAAUACCGUUGUCAUCAAAGCUGCCGAACAAACCCCGCUCUCAAUCCUCUACCUCGCCUCCUUGAUCAAGGAAGCCGGCUUUCCCGCUGGAGUGGUAAACGUUGUUAAUGGUCUCGGUGCCACUGCCGGUGCCGCUAUGGCAUCGCACCUGCACGUGGACAAGAUCGCCUUUACUGGCAGCACCAACACCGGAAAGGCCAUUAUGAAAGCGGCCGCUUCGAACCUGAAGACUAUUACAAUCGAGACAGGCGGUAAGAGCCCCUUGCUCGUCUUCGAGGAUGCCAACCUCGACCAGGCAGUGAAGUGGUCCCAUGUCGGAAUCAUGAGCAAUAUGGGUCAGAUCUGCACAUCCACCUCGCGCAUCUAUGUGCAGGAGAACAUCUAUGAGACUUUCGUCGAGAAAUUCAAGCAGUACACUAUCGAGAACUCUAUUGUCGGCAGCCAAUUCGAUCCCCAAGUGAACCACGGACCUCAAGUGUCCUCUGCGCAGAAAAGUCGCAUUCUUGGUUAUCUUGAGACUGCCAAGCGCGAAGGUGCACAGCUUGUUCUUGGAGAUGAUCAGCCUUCCCUAGAUGCCAAGGGCUAUUUCGUCAAGCCCAUUAUCUUCAAGGAUACCAAUCGUGAUAUGACUCCCGUGAGGGAGGAGGUCUUUGGUCCCUUCGUCGUUAUCCAGUCUUUCAAGGACCAGAAGGAUGCGGUUGACAAGGCCAACGACACUGAGUAUGGACUCGGUGCUGCCCUAUUCACAGAGAACAUUACCCGUGCUCAUAAGGUCGCUGCCUCUAUUCAGGCUGGCAUGGUUUGGAUUAACAGCAGUCAAGACUCCCACUUUGCCAUUCCGUUUGGCGGAUACAAGCAGAGUGGUAUUGGGAGAGAAUUGGGUGAAUAUGCCCUUUCGGCCUACACUCAAGUGAAAGCGGUUCAUGUAAACUUGGGGACUUGGCUUUGA